ACUCCACCACUCGCCUCCCCCUCCAUUUCCUUCUCAGCUCUGCUCGAUCGCCUAGCUAAUCAAAAGGUCCAACCGUGCGUCGUCAGGAAAACACAAACAACACCACUAUUAUGGACGCCAUGUCCUGCCUGCAGGCGGCGCCGCUGCUGGCGACCCCCUACACGGACGCCGCCAUCGCGCGGGCGCUCCACUUCACCACCACCACCAUGUCAACCCACGACUCCUCCUCGUCUUCCUCCUCCCUCUCUCACCACCACCACUCGCCCCUUCUUCUCAGCGCCCUCGCCGACCUCCCGUCGCCCUACUACUACGCUCCGCCACCGCACGCGGCCGCCACCUGCUGCGACUCCGUGCUUGUGGCCGACUCGCCGCGCCGCCGCACCUCGCCGACCCACCGCCACAACCAUGCGCCGGCGGGAGCGCGCGCGGGGAAGCGCCGGUCGCGGGCGUCGAAGCGCGCGCCCACCACCUACAUCAGCACCGACCCCGCCAACUUCCGCCUCAUGGUGCAGCAGAUCACCGGCGUGCAGGCCGGGGUGGACGACCUGCAGGCGAUGCUCCAGGUCCAGCAGGCGCUCGACGCCGCCGCGCUGCUGCCGGCGGCCGACGAGGCGUCGGCGCUUCGUCAACACCAGCUCCAGCAGCAGCCGUGCUUCCCCACGCUCGACUCGUGGAACGUCUCCAACGUCGUCAUGUACGAGACCAACAGCGCGGAGAUGCUGUGAGCAGCCACCAGCGGCCGGGUCAGAUGGAUCACAGCGGCGGCGGCCGCCGGGGGAUUUAUAUAUAACUCUCAUGCGUGCAUGUGCAUGCAUUGCCGGCCCCGGCCCGGCCGCCACCAACGUAGAUGCAUGCAUGGCCGGAUCGAGGAGGGAGGGAGGAACAAGCUAAGCCUAGUAUAUAGCGUAUCUGCUGUACAUCUAGCUUAGCAUGCAUAUAUGCAUCUGUCUGCAGUGUCGUCGAGACGUACUGUACUAGCUAGCUCCAGAUUACCGUACGUGUACGUACGUACGAGCUGGUGCCGUAGUAGUAGUAGUAGUAGCUUCUAAUUUACCAGCAAUCAGCAGCUUUCAAUUUGUAUGGUUCAUCAGGAUAAGCUAGCUAAUCAAGGCAGCUAAUUAAGCUAAUUUUAUACCA